AUUCACACAGUCAACCAACUUCCUCCAUUAUUAUUUCUGCAAAUAAAGAGAGAAGUAAUGGGCUCUGAAACCUCUGUCCGACUUCCAGUCAUAGACUUUUCCAAGCCAAAUCUGAAACCAGGCUCUCCUGAGUGGGACUCAGUGAAAUCCCAGGUCAGAAAAGCCCUGGAAGAAUACGGUUGUUUUGAAGCUACGUUUGACAGGGUUCCUAUGGAGCUCCGUAAAAGCCUUUUUGAUGUCCUGGAAGCGCUUUUUGACCUGCCAUUACAAACCAAACUCCGGAACCUUUCCAAAAAGCCCUACCAUGGUUAUGUUGGGCAAUACCCUCAAGUUCCUCUCUACGAAAGCAUGGGAAUUGAUGACGCAGACAUUAUUGAGGAAGUCGAAAGCAUGACAAAUAUUUUGUGGCCUGAAGGAAACGAAAAUUUCAGCAAAACCAUACAGUCUUAUUCUGAGCAACUAUCGGAGCUAGAUAAAACAAUCAGGAGGAUGAUUGUGGAGAGUUUCGAUCUGGAGAAGUACAUGGAUGAACAUAUGAACUCAACCAAUUAUCUUCUUCGAGUCAUGAAAUAUACUGGACCUCAAACUGCUGAGACAAAGCUUGGUCUAAAUGCUCACACGGAUAAAAAUAUAGUGACAAUAUUGUAUCAGAAUCAAAUUUCUGGUUUAGAGGUACAGACUAAAAAUGGCGAAUGGAUCCAAGUGAAACCCUCGCCGGACUCUUUCAUUGCGAUGAUUGGAGAUUCACUCUAUGCAUGGGUAAAUGGGCGACUGCACUCUCCAUAUCAUCGUGUGAUGAUGACAGGAAAUGAAGCGAGGUACUCUGCUGGGCUGUUUUCAAUUCCGAAAGCCGGUUAUUUAAUAAAGGCUCCCGAAGAGAUGGUUGAUGAAGAACACCCCCUGCUCUUUAGGCCCUUUGAUCAUGUUGAAUUCCUUGGGUUCUACUACACUGAAGCUGGCCAGAGAGCUCAGUCUGCUCUCAAGACCUACUGUGGAGUCUGAGAUUUGAUAUGAGUAAUUUAUAAUUAAUCUGUGAUGGUGUUUGAAUCUUGUUGUUUUCUAUCAUGUAAGAGAGGCAUUGAAAUAUAAUCUUUGGUUCACCUAUAUACAUAAUUUAAUGUGAGUUUUCAUUUGGUUUGAAA